AUGGAUUCGACGAAAUUAUCUUAUAAUGAGGAGUUUGAAGAAGACAUUUAUGAAUUUGAAGCACUCGAUGAUGCUUACGACGAUUCGGAGAUCAAAAAAGAAGUUUAUAAUAGCGAAGAUUUAAUAUCGAAGCCGAUAAAAAGUGAACAAUGCACGCUCGACGAAAACAUUGUACUAUUCCAUCAUUCGUUUGGUUAUGACUGUUGUUCGAGAUUCUUCAAUAUUUGUGCGGCAGACGACCAUACAGUGGUGUAUGCAUCAGGAAGUUUUAUUCAUAUGUUGGACGUUGACACUGGCAAUUUGAGUUUUAGGAAAUGCGCUGGCGACGGAGGAAUAGGCCAUAUCACUAAAAAUCCGGCUUAUAGUCACAUAGCGGUCGGAGAAAAUUGCUCGAACCCUUCCAUCAUCGUUUACGAGUGGCCUACUUUUAAUGUUAUUAGUGUACUCAAGGAAGGCACGAAAAAACGAUACAAUUGGUUAACGUACAGCAAAAAUGGAAAUUAUUUAUGUUCGCAAGGCGGGGAACCGGAUAAUACUAUAACAAUUUGGGAUUGGGAUAAAUCUAGAAUAAUAUUGAGGACGAAAUCGCAUAGUCAAGAUGUGUACGUGUGUCGGUUUUCAAAUUUUAUACCAGAUCACUUGACCACCGCGGGUUCGGGGCAUAUCAAAUUUUGGAAAAUGGCAAAAACUUUUACCGGGUUGAAGCUUCAAGGUCGUCUCGGUCGCUUUGGAAAAACUGAAAUAUCGAAUGUAAUUGGAACGUUUUCCAUGCCAGACGAAAAAGUGAUAUCCGGUUGCGAAUGGGGAAACAUAUUGGUUUGGGAUGAAGAGCUGAUCAAAAUUCAGGUGAUGAGGAAAGGCAGGAAACCUUGCCAUCUGGCCCCAAUCAUCAUGUUCUUGUACAGUGAACAGAAUAUGGAGUUGACCAGCGUGAGCAUGGACGGUACGAUCAAAUCGUGGUACUAUUACACAGUUGAUAUGGCUGAUCCGCCUGAAAACGACAGAGUACUAGAAAUUGAACCAUCGUUUACAAUUACCGUACAAGACGCCAUCGGGACCGCUAAAAUAAUGGGAAUGUGCAGGAUUAAUGACGACGUUAACUCGUACGAUUACUUCAUUCAAGAUGGUAACGGAGGAAUAUGGUUUGCGGAUAUCGAGAUAUCGGCUAAUGCAAAACCUUUGAAACGAUUAGCCAAAUUUCACGGUGACACAAUAACCUCUUUGCAACCUUCGCCCGUUGGUUACUAUAUUGCUACAUCUUCACUAGACGGAUGGUUUCAUCUUUAUGACAUUGUAAACAGGAAAUUAGUGUUUACUCACGACUUCAAGAAGCCAAUCACGUCACUUAUUUGGUUACCACUAAAAAUGGCGAAAUCUGGAAGCAUCUUUGUCGCGGGAUUUAAGACUGGGCUUUUAAAAAUGUUCUUAGUGCCUCUCGAGGAAGUAGUAAAUGGAGAAUCUGUUGACAUCACACAAUUACAGGCGACAAAACCUCAUAAAAGCACCGUAAGCCAUUUAACGGUAAAUAAUAAUUUCAAAAUAGUCGUGAGUGGGAGCGAAGAUUGUUCAGUAUUCGUUUAUAAACUACUAACGAAUCCGUUAAAGUUGGAACCCGUUGGUAUGUAUCCUCUUCCCGGAGCAGUCACUUUUAUCUAUUGGAAACCUUCGAAAAAACGUACUGCCUUGGUGAGUUGCGCUAGUGGACACAUCUUAGAAUUAACGUUUCCCACAAGUCGUCCGUUGUACACUAAACAAACGUUUACUCUGAAUCUCGAACCCCGCGUGAUUGAAACGAAGAGCAUCAAGUCGGAAAUAAUUCGAAACGAAUUCAUAAAGAAAAUGAAUGAAAAAAAAGAGGAGAAAAAAAUGCGAAAGCGAGAAAAAUUAAAAAUAUUGAAGGAAAACAAUCCGGGAGUAGAAAUCGACGAAGAACUGUAUUAUAUAGACUCUGAGGAGGACGAGGAGCCACCAAAAAUCUACAUACCGCCUGAACCAAAUCAGGUGUUGUUUGCUAUUUACACACCUAAUGAAAAAACUGUAUGGGUGUCAAUCGAUGGUUAUGAUGCGGGCUAUCUAUACGAAUACGACUUGGACACUUCGAAACCAGUAAAUUUCAUUUUUAUUCCUGACAAAAUCGACCUGCCACUUUCAUCCGUUUCAAUGUUUCAAUCCGAUUUGCUGAUGGUAAUUCUAAUGGGCUUUGCCGACGGCAGAAUGCGAGUGACGAAUCUCAGCUUGGAAGACCCUUCAAACUUCAACGACUUUGUAGAGUACUCAAUGCAUGAUAACAUAACGGGCAUAAUUAAGUGCAUAUGCUUCAGUCACGAUUGCCGGAUGCUGUACACAUUAGGCGAAGACGGUAACGUUUUCAGCUUCAAUUUUCAGUGUGAUUACAACGCCGAGGAAAAAUGCGCGUUGCCAGUUACUGAAUUGCCUCCGACGCCCAUACUAACGGACGAAGACUUCGUGAAGACUAAAGAAGAUCUAAUACUCAGCUUAGAAGAGAGAAAAAUCAAUAAAGAAAAAUGGAAAGCAAUGAACUUGGCGAAUAAAGAAAAGAACAAAAUUAGAGACACGUUGAACUUGCUUAAAACGAGAUUUAAAAAUGUACUCACCAAUAACAAAUCCUUACCCGAACCUCUGCAGUUACCGCGAACGUAUUUUGAACUCGACGAACGGAUAACUAGCUCUCUCAUUGCCGAAGCUGAGGUCGAAAUGAACGUACUACGUUCAAAAUUGGCUUAUGACCACGAAAAAAGCGAAUUGGCUUUGAGAAAAGUAAAAAAUUACUUCGUCGCUGAUGUGGUGACGUCGUCAUUUUCCGUACAUGGAAUAUCAAAAGAUAUAACAGUCGAAUCGAUAGAUCACAAAGAACACAGGGAAGUUUUCGGGAACUUGGUCAGUGAAUUAUUAAAUAAAAAACACCCUAAACGAAAUUUUGACAAAUUUAGAGAUAUAAACAGUGUAAGGCGUCGUAAGUCUACCAUACUAGACAAACCUGCUGACGAUACUAUUCAUAAAUUAGCAGAAUGGGAGGUAUUUCUCCGAAACGUGCGUGAGCUCUAUGAUUCUUUACCAAAAAAUGUCCAGACUGCUAUUGAUAAAUUUACCGAAAGGAAACAUUUUGAAGAAAACAAAAAGCUCGAAUUGAAAAACAUGGUAUUGAAUAAACCCGACGGCGACAAAUUCAAUACAGAAGAAGAAACCGCAAUAGAUGUGGCCACUAAUAUGAUUGGAGAUAUAAAUUUAAAGUCAUCGCCAAACUAUAAAGUUCCACCUGAUGACACGGUACUCAUGGAAGACAAAUAUGAAGAAUACAUGGACAUCCAUAAAGAGAUUUCUAAAAUUAAAUCUAAGUUUAAUGGCAAAUUACUCGACUUGAAACAACAGAAAAUCAGUCUCAUACAAGACUACAAACAAUUUCUGUGCGACGUUCGAAUGAUAGAAAAUGAAUUAAAUGAUUCAACAAUUUCAACACCUGAUGAUUUUCCUACGAUACCCGUUGACAAAUUUAUUGAUGUGAGUAGCUACUUGUUAUUAUAUCCGGAAUACUGUUCCUUAUAUUCGGAACCAACCAGUAGCUCGGAUAUGCAAGAAUACAAUCCCAAACCUUCAAUUCUAGAAAAUUUGAUGAAAGAUAUGAGGAGAGAGAAACUAAAAUAUAAACACCGAUGUUUGCACGAAUCGAUAUUGGCGAAGAUUGAUAUGUUUGACAACAGACUGAUAAAACUGGGCGGACAAAAAAAUGACUUAUUGUUGCGUAUAACAUUUUUAGAGUUAUUUACCGUGACUCUGGAAGAAGAAAUGUUAAUAUUAAAUGAUUUUGACUUGCUCGAAGACCAGUAUUCUUACGAUCUACAUGUCAUCACCGGAAAACAGAAUGCAAAAGCUGAGCAUAUAAUGUAUAUUGAAGACAAUGUUCGGCGAAACUAUAAAAUUAUUGAAAACAAAACCAAAGAAGCUAUUGACAUUCAAAAUUUGUUUGAAAUAGAAAUUCGAAAUAAUAGUUUUGCCAAACAUUUGAGGAAAAUCUUCAAAAAAAAAUACAAACCCAUUCGAGCAAAAUUAGACGACGAAGAUUCACUCUCAUCAUCGUCGUCGGACGAUGAUGACGAUUCCGACUCCGACACUAACGACGAUGUUAGUAUAGAUUCAAAUACCUUGUUUGGACAAUUAUUAUUCGACGAAACUGUGUUACCUGAAGGAUGCGAUCCAAAACUAUUUGCUUUGACCUUUGAGCUGCGUUCGAACCGUUAUGAAAUCGAACAAUUUAUAGAGAGUACCUAUAGGGAAGUGGAGGUAUUGAAGAAAACUUUAUCCGUCGAGUUAGCCGAACUAAAUGUUAUCGAUAACAAUGUAUUGAUAAAAACCAAUCAACUGGACGCUUAUCGAGUAGAAAAAAAGUUGAAAUUAAACGACAUUGAAACUACGGUGUUGUUAACUGAAUUGCAAAUGACUAAAGCUAAAUUACUAUCUAACUCCAUUUUAGUCAUGGCAAAUGUCAUGCAAAACAUGAAAUCUAGAAGGCUGGCGUUGGAAAGAGAAAAAAAAGAGAUAAAAGAAAAAAUGAAAGAAUUAAUGCUACAUUCGAGGAGGUUGAAUAUCGACAUCGAGUACUUGCGAGAAAUUUACAAAAAUUGUCACAUCGACAUUAAGGACGAGAUGAUCACGAAAUUCAGAAUGAUUAUUAGUCUUGACGAUAUGGAGAUGACAAUUAUCAAGUACAUGAUUACUCAAGCCAAAUCUAACGCAGAUGAGUUAAAAUCACAAUUCAACAAACAAAUAGAUACGUUAAAAAAAGAAUUCAGGAAGCUACAAGAGUUUUUAAUGAAUUUACUAAAAAUUAAUACAAGCAAAACAAUUACAUUGGCUGCUCUAAAGGAAAGCAUCCAACAACUCGGACAAGCUAUUGCUGUUCAACAAAAAAAAAGUAAAGCUAUUCAUGAUAUAUCUUCCAAUGCCAGUAUCUAUGAAGCCGAUAUAGCUACACUGCAAGACGUACUAGAUGCGUUAUUGGCUCAAAAACAAGAACUCAAUGGCGAAAUAAAUGCAAUAAAAUACAAAGGUAAAAUGUUUCCGCCAAUCGUCAAACCCUCUGUCGAUAAGGUGAAACCAGAGAGUCCAGUAGAUGUCGAUAUUCAAUCAGCCACCCUGACUUCACAAGAGGCCGAAAGCAGAGACUCGUGGUCGGAGGGCGAAGAGGAUGCUUACAACAUGGAGUUCAAUAUGGAAUUGAAGAAGACGUCUUCGAUAAAACAACAGUCCCAAAUCCGAAGUCAACAGUCGUUCAAAUUGACGAAACAAGCAUCGCGUUACAGUUAUGAAAGCGACGAAGAAACGUACGACGACGAAGAAUGGAGAAAUUAUAAAUAUCUGUACAGCAAUGAGUUGCCGGACGAUGUAAGUUUUUCGAAAGCUACGUUCGAAGACUUACAACAAAUUGAACAAGACAUUUUGAGCGACGAAGAUCAGACGGAACAAAAAUCCUACGACGAAGAGAUAAACCAAACGGACCAGAAAUCGUUGCCCAGAGCUGAGGAAUAUCAAACGGAAGGUAAACAAUCGAACAGCGACGAACAAGGAAAUCAAUUAGAAGACGAACUAUUGAGCGACGAGGGAGCAGAUUUAUUUUAUACAGAGUCAGUUUUAGGGCCUUGACAUAAGUCCAUUUUUAUUUUAUUUGAAAACACGUAUCUAAGUAGGUACUGUAUAAAUGGUCUCAUUGUGUUCUACUUGUUAAUUUCAAUGUAUAAAUUAUAAUAUUUCUUUUAUGAAUUAAUGUACUUUACACCCUUAACUUGGCAACCAUCAACUUUUAAGUAAUAGUACUUUUUAUGUUGGUGAUGGAAAGUUACGUGUGGAAGUUAUGUAUCUUCGGAGCUGUGGUGUCAAGUGGGUUGACUUAUUUGUGUUGAAUUUAGCAACUUAAAUAGGUAGGUACAUGUGUCAAAUUUCAAUAAAUCAUACUUAUUGUGUA